AUGACAUUGAUGAUGUUCUCAACAUUUCAGGAGCUGCGGGAGCAUCCAAAAGCAGUGCCGGUGUGCGGAUCUCAUUACAGGUUCACGAACAGUGGUGUUGGUGUCGACAGUACAACGUGGUUCGUGCUGCUGCAGGUGGCGGUAGAAAGUGAUGCAGCUCAACUGUACCACUGUAAAAUUGUACAGCAGUAUAGCGUGAAGAACUAG